CGGAAAUGUAGUGAACAGCAAGGCGGAUACACGCGCACUCCUUCCAAACACACGACUGAGGACACAUGUACGUGCUGCAACAGAGAAACAGACAAACACAGCCACAACACAGGCAUAUUCACGCACACACGCAUACACACAGACAAACACAGCCACAACACACGCAUACACACGCAUACGCAUACGCAUUCGCACGCACGCACAGCCAUGGGACGAAGACGGGCGCAGUUGGAGAAGCUGCGACGGAAGAAGCGCGGUGAAUACAAGAGGAAGAUGAAGCUGUUGAAGCAGAAUGCACCCGUGGUGGGUAACAGUGACCAGGACGCCGCCUGCCAAGCGUUUGUGCAGUGGUGCUUGCAUCGCGGCAUUGAAUUCUCGCCCAACGUGGCCAUCACCCGCAAACGUGUCGUGCAUGGCCGGGGCAUGGUUGCCACUGCCAACAUCAAGGCCGGCGAAGUGCUCUUCGAGAUCCCUCGCUCAGCCAUGUUCUCAGAAAAGACGUGCAAGCAUGCUGACGUGUUGAUGGCCAACUUGGACCAUGGCGUACACAGCGUGGAGGAAGACAGUGCCGACUGCCACGAGGAGGCGGAUGCAUGCGAUGGCGCGUGCAGGACAACCGCCGCAUCCAACAGGGAAGACGGGGGCGGAGACCACGGGGGCACCUGCUGCGGCAGCCACGCGAAGGAGCACAAACCAACCACGGAUGAGCAGACCGGAGACAUCAAACUCAGCGGAUGGUCACCUCUGCUGCUGGCCAUGAUGCUUGACAUGGACGCGGGGGAGGCGAGCGAGUUUGCGCCGUACUUCAACAUCCUUCCCGAGGACGAUGAGCUGCACCACCCACACGUGUGGACGGACCGCGAGCGCAGCACGCUGCUCAAGGACUCGCGGCUGCAGGAGGACGUGGCACGUGACCUCACACUCAUGAAACGCGAAUACGACACAAUCGCCAAGCCGUUUAUGAUUCGUCACCCAAAGAUCUUUCCUCAGCCAGGCAAGAAGGCGUUUUCAUUUCGAAAGUAUGCGCAAUGCGCAGCGAUAGUGAUGGGCUACAGCUUCACGGAUGAAGAGGAUGGCCGUGUGUGUCUUGUGCCUGUUGCUGAUAUCCUCAACCACGUCACGGGCAAGAACAACGCUCGCCUCUUCUUCUCCGACAAAACACUGCAGAUGCGGAGCAUCAAGCGCAUCCCUGCUGGCGCCGAGAUCUUCAACACAUACGGCGACCUGGACAACCUGCAGCUUGUGCAGCAGCACGGGUUUGCUGAGCCAUCGCCGACGCCAUGGGAGGAGGUCUCGCUCCAUCCGCGCGCGCUCAAAGCAAUCCUGCACCUCACAGACGACCGAUUCGCCUUCCUGAAGGACACCGUGAGCGGCUUGCUCGGAGAAGAUGCGCGGCUGCUGGUGGGCAUCUUGGGCGACGCAGCCAUGUCGUACCCAAACUGGCUCUUCGCUGCCCUCGUCACCCUCUGCGUCUGUCAGAAGGACAAGUGCGAGCCCUUGCGAGAGCACAUUGAACAGGUACACGCAGCACAGGCGGAGGCAGACAGCGACGAGGACGAGGCAGAGGAGGAGAAGGAGGAGGAGGACGAGGCUGUUGAAGGUCAAGUGGAAGCUGCACGUGCUGACGAUGGUGCUGAAAAGGGUGAGGAGGCACAGGAGCAAGAGGGGCAAGAGGUACAGGAGCAAGAGGAGCAGGUGUCCAAGCGCGCGAAGAAAGGUGCCGACGAUGGCAAUGGCAAUGACGAUGAUGAUGACGAUGAUGAUGAUGAUGGCAACAUGGAGGUGGACGAGGACGAUGAUGAUGACGAUGGUGACGACCAACACGAGGGCAAGACGCUGGCUGAGCAGAUGGAAGGGUUUGAGUAUGGCGGGAUUGAGCUGACAGAGGCCACACAGAUCGCGCUGCAUCGGGUGAUGAAGCACCAGUCUGAGCUGUAUGCGCGGCGAGCAGAGGAGGUCAAGGCGGCAGGCGAGUGUGUGCGGAAGCGACGAAAGCUGGCCGCGGCCGUGUUUGAGGCCGGUCAGGCAGUGUGCGCAUCCUGGCUCGCGCGCCUGGGUGCCAGCGAUGGCGGUGAUGCCGAGAAGAGCUAGCUGCGCGCGGGAAUGUGUGUGUGUGUGUGUGUCUGUCUGUGUGUCUGUAUGUAUGUAUGUAUGUAUGUAUGUGUGUGUGUAUGUGUGUGUGUGUGUGUGUGU